CAUAUCGAGAAAGUCUGCUGUAUCACGGCACAGCAUACCGAAGCAGCGGCGGAGCUAUGGAGGAUGAGACGACGGAGGGCCGGAACCGAUCCAGGUUGGCCAUUUUGGAGUUGGCUAACAUGAUAAGCGUACCGAUGUCUCUCAACGCCAUCGUCCGCCUCAACGUCCCCGACGCAAUCUGGCAAGGUGGGGCCAAUACCCCUCUCUCCGCCCCCCAGAUCAUCGCGAAAAUCUUCCCCUCAGGCGGUGGAGAUCCCGAGAAUCUCCAGCGUAUUCUACGUAUGCUCACCAGCUACGAUGUGUUCUCGGAGCACCUGGAUACAGACACCACCGAGAGAAAAUACUCACUCACCGAGAUAGGGAAAACGCUCGUCACUGAUGCCGACGGUCUUUCCUACGCGUCCUACGUGCUCCAGCACCACCAGGAGGCGCUAAUGAGAGCGUGGCCAUUGGUGCACGAGGCGGUGGUGGACCCAAAAUCGGAGCCAUUCGUGAAGGCGAACGGAGAGCCGGCGUACAGUUACUACGGGAAGAAGCCGGAGAUGAAUGGGUUGAUGCAGAAGGCAAUGUCAGGGGUCUCCGUACCGUUCAUGAAGGCAAUCCUGGAAGGCUACGAGGGGUUCAAUGGGGUCGGACGCCUGGUAGACGUGGGUGGCAGCGCCGGAGAUUGCCUAAGGAUGAUAUUACAGAAAAAUCCCAAUAUUCGUCAAGGGAUCAAUUUCGACCUGCCUGAGGUAGUUGCCAAGGCACCAGAAAUCCUCGGGGUGACCCAUGUUGGUGGAGACAUGUUUAAGUCAAUUCCUGAAGGUGAUGCCGUCUUCAUGAAGUGGGUGUUAACUACAUGGACAGAUGAUGAGUGCAAGCUGAUAAUGAGGAAUUGCUGGAAGGCACUGCCUGCUGGAGGAAAACUGAUUGCGUGUGGACCAGUAUUGCCAAAGGAAUCAGAUGAUAGCCAUAGAACCCGUGCUCUUCUGGAAGGAGACAUUUUUGUGAUGACGAUUUACAGGGCCAAGGGAAAGCAUAGGACUGAGGAAGAGUUCAACGAGCUAGGUCUGUCUGCAGGUUUCCCACAUUUUCGUGCAUUCCAUUUUGACUAUUUCUACACUGUCCUGGAAUUUCAGAAGUAGAAUGAAAGAUCCCCGAGGCCCAAAUUAAGUUGGAAAAAAAAUCUUCUUACUUCGUGUUGAUGUUUUGUUCUGAAUAAUUAUUUUGACACAGGUGACCUGUCAUAGCAAUAUGGUUCUUUCAGUCGGUUAUCAUUAUAUCCUUUUCCUAUACUGAGAGUAUAGUGUAUGGACUACAUUUG